AUGGCAGAGGUUCCAGCUCCGACGCCUAUCCUAGAAUGGCCAGACUAUAAUAUCAUGCCGACUGGGGGUGAUGUCAUGACACAAGAUCUCAAUGCAUUGUACGACAAGGGCGAUCUCUGCUGGCUCCUUGCUGCGUUGACCAUGAUCUUCCAGUCUCUCUUCUGUGCAUGUGCUGUCGGGAUCCAGUUCUGGGUGUACGGGUAUUCGCUAUACCAAUCACACACGACAAAUACAUUUCUUGGCAACUUUUCAAAGGCAGGCCUGCAUGACGUCCUUGCGUACCCAUCUCUAGCGAACCCAGAUAUCCCAGAUAUUCUGUACGCUUGCUUCGGCUUUACAUUCGUUACUGCAACAGCGAUGAUCUUAGCUGGUGCCAUGCUUGAGCGCGGACGCUUGUGGCCUUCGAUGCUGUUCUUGCUGUGCUGGACUACUUUUGUUUACUAUGUUUUGGCACAUGCGGAGUGGAACCCAUCUGGCUGGCUAUAUCAGCUUGGAGUUUACGAUUUUGCAGGCAGCGGACCUGUUCACAUCGCCUCUGGUUUCUCGGCUUUGGCUUGGGCAGUGAUGCUUGGACCGCGCGCAGACCCUCACAAAGAGUCGCACCACCCAAAGAUACCGCACUUCAAGCCCCACAAUCCAUUCCUUGUAUGCCUUGGGACGAUCUUGAUCUGGUUUGGUUGGUAUGCGUUCAAUGGUGCAUCCACUGCCAACUUAUCGAUUCGCUCCGUCUACGUGGUCUGCAACACCAACCUGGCAGCAUGUGGUGGUGGCUUAGCAUGGGUCCUGCUCGAAUACAUAUUUAUCAAAAAGUUCUCAACCAUCGGUUUCUGCUCCGGCAUUAUCGCCGGUCUGGUCGGUAUUACGCCCGCCGCGGGCUUCGUGCCCAUUUACUUCGCAUCGCUCAUUGGCGCAUUGACCGCAUGCGCAUCCUUCUUCACCGUUCGAUACAAAUAUCUGCUGCGUAUCGACGAAGGGCUCGACAUCUUCGCCAUCCAUGGCAUCGGCGGUUUCGUUGGCGAUGUCUUGACUGGCCUCUUCGCAGCCGACUACGUACCAGCGAUGGACGGUGCGAAUAACGCGUACGAUGGGGGUUGGUUGAAUCGUAAUUGGAAGCAGAUGGAAUAUCAGCUCGCAGCGGCAUGUACAUGCGCCGCCUGGUCUUUUGUCGUCUCCAUCAUCCUACUCUUCGUAAUCAAUAAGAUCCCGGGCUGCCACAUCAGAGCAACAGAGGACGACGAGCUGAGAGGGCUGGAUUUCAAGUACUUUCACGACGUUGACGAGGAAGACGGCAUGAUGGUUCUCAACGGUUUUGGUGCAACAACGCCUGGGAUGACAAGAAGCGGUGUGACGAGCUCCAGAGCCGAAGGUAGUCAGGAUGGAGUUAUUGUAUCUGUCAUGCCUGAGAAGAGGGACUGA